AACACAGUAAGAGGCAAGAUAAAUGGAUGAGAGGCAUUAGUUCAGGCUUACAGGAGCAAGAUGCUUUUAGUCAAAGUGUUUAAGAUAGCUCUCUAAACGAGGAGCAGUGAAACCCAAAAAUGAGUGUCUUUUGAGGGCAGCUGGAAGAUGACCCGAGGGGAACUUUUAUCCUGGGGUGGAGUCCUGCGAAGCAAGCCGCAGGUGAGGGCUUGGGCCAAUUCUGCGCCUCACUGCUGUUAGGCGCAAGGACAUCCCGAAACACACUCAACGACACCAACAGCGAGCCUGACAGAAGCGGAUCGCCAGCGGGAGCAACAACUUGAGGCGAGCCGUUAGCCGCCUCGCCUUCCUCGCAGCGCCCCUCCCGCGCCCCGGGAAGCCCGUUCGGCUCCGCCUUUUCGACUGACGUCCCGGGCGAGCGGGGGCGGGCGCGUGGGUGGGCCGAGCCGUCUGCAGCCGGCGAUUCGGCUGGCUCUGCCACACCACCGCGCGCCCCCGCUCCGCCCGCCCCUCCGGGCGCGUCUUUUCCGGGCUCGCGCUGAGCCCCGCCUCCGCCGGCUGUCCGGGUGCGCGCGCGCCGCUGCGGCUUUUUCUCUGGCCUCCGCCGCGCGCUCCUCCUCGUCCCAGCGCUAGCGGGCACGCGGUUCCUUUUUGCGAGCUUCCCGAGUGCCAGGCGCCGGCCGGCUGCGAAGACGCGGUGGGCCGCCCCUCCGAUUGAAAUCACAGAAGAUAUUCGUGUUCUUCUUAAGAGAAAAAGAGGACAUUUGCGUACUUUAUUGUCGGCUUCCAAAGAUUACUAACUUUUAUCUGUAUCACUAAGAUUGAACUGCCUUGGCUGUACUGCUAUUCUUACUGCUGCUUCUAUUAUUGCCUUCUUCAGCACAAUAAGGCUUUCAAAAGCCAAAGAAUAACAAGAAAUAAGCACCAUUUUAGAAGCCUUUCCACUAUGAAACUUAAGCUAAAUGUGCUCACCAUUAUUUUGCUGCCUGUCCACUUGUUAAUAACAAUAUACAGUGCCCUUAUAUUUAUUCCAUGGUAUUUUCUUACCAAUGCCAAGAAGAAAAACGCUAUGGCAAAGAGAAUAAAAGCUAAGCCCACUUCAGACAAACCUGGAAGUCCAUAUCGCUCUGUCACACACUUCGACUCACUAGCUGUAAUAGACAUCCCCGGAGCAGAUACUCUGGAUAAAUUAUUUGACCAUGCUGUAUCCAAGUUUGGGAAGAAGGACAGCCUUGGGACCAGGGAAAUCCUAAGUGAAGAAAAUGAAAUGCAGCCAAAUGGAAAAGUUUUUAAGAAGUUAAUUCUUGGGAAUUAUAAAUGGAUGAACUAUCUUGAAGUGAAUCGCAGAGUGAAUAACUUUGGUAGUGGACUCACUGCACUGGGACUAAAACCAAAGAACACCAUUGCCAUCUUCUGUGAGACCAGGGCCGAAUGGAUGAUUGCAGCACAGACCUGCUUUAAGUACAACUUUCCUCUUGUGACUUUAUAUGCCACACUUGGCAAAGAAGCAGUAGUUCAUGGGCUAAAUGAAUCUGAGGCUUCCUAUCUGAUUACCAGUGUUGAACUUCUGGAAAGUAAACUUAAGACUGCAUUGUUAGAUAUCAAUUGUGUUAAACACAUCAUUUAUGUGGACAAUAAGGCUAUCAAUAAAGCAGAGUACCCUGAAGGAUUUGAGAUUCACAGCAUGCAAUCAGUAGAAGAGUUGGGAUCUAACCCAGAAAACUUGGGCAUUCCUCCAAGUAGACCAACGCCUUCAGACAUGGCCAUUGUUAUGUAUACUAGUGGUUCUACUGGCCGACCUAAGGGAGUGAUGAUGCAUCAUAGCAAUUUGAUAGCUGGAAUGACAGGCCAAUGUGAAAGAAUACCUGGACUGGGACCAAAGGACACAUAUAUUGGCUACUUGCCUUUGGCUCAUGUGCUAGAACUGACAGCAGAGAUAUCUUGCUUUACCUAUGGCUGCAGGAUUGGAUAUUCUUCUCCGCUUACACUCUCUGACCAGUCCAGCAAAAUUAAAAAAGGAAGCAAAGGAGACUGUACUGUACUGAAGCCCACACUUAUGGCUGCUGUUCCGGAAAUCAUGGAUAGAAUUUAUAAGAAUGUUAUGAGCAAAGUCCAAGAGAUGAAUUAUAUUCAGAAAACUCUGUUCAAGAUAGGGUAUGAUUACAAAUUGGAACAGAUCAAAAAGGGAUAUGAUGCACCUCUUUGCAAUCUGUUACUGUUUAAAAAGGUCAAGGCCCUGCUGGGAGGGAAUGUCCGCAUGAUGCUGUCUGGAGGGGCCCCGCUAUCUCCUCAGACACACCGAUUCAUGAAUGUCUGCUUCUGCUGCCCAAUUGGCCAGGGUUAUGGACUGACAGAAUCAUGUGGUGCUGGGACAGUUACUGAAGUAACUGACUAUACUACUGGCAGAGUUGGAGCACCUCUUAUUUGCUGUGAAAUUAAGCUAAAAGACUGGCAAGAAGGCGGUUAUACAAUUAAUGACAAGCCAAACCCCAGAGGUGAAAUCGUAAUUGGUGGACAGAACAUCUCCAUGGGAUAUUUUAAAAAUGAAGAGAAAACAGCAGAAGAUUAUUCUGUGGAUGAAAAUGGACAAAGGUGGUUUUGUACUGGUGAUAUUGGAGAAUUCCAUCCCGAUGGAUGUUUACAGAUUAUAGAUCGUAAGAAAGAUCUAGUGAAGUUACAAGCAGGAGAGUAUGUAUCUCUUGGGAAAGUAGAAGCUGCACUGAAGAAUUGUCCACUUAUUGACAACAUCUGUGCUUUUGCCAAAAGUGAUCAGUCCUAUGUGAUCAGUUUUGUGGUUCCUAACCAGAAAAGGUUGACACUUUUGGCACAACAGAAAGGGGUAGAAGGAACUUGGGUUGAUAUCUGCAAUAAUCCUGCUAUGGAAGCUGAAAUACUGAAAGAAAUUCGAGAAGCUGCAAAUGCCAUGAAAUUGGAGCGAUUUGAAAUUCCAAUCAAGGUUCGAUUAAGCCCAGAGCCAUGGACCCCUGAAACUGGUUUGGUAACUGAUGCUUUCAAACUGAAAAGGAAGGAGCUGAAGAACCAUUACCUCAAAGACAUUGAACGAAUGUAUGGGGGCAAAUAAAAUGUUGUCUUAUUGACAGUUGUGCAGGAGGUAGCCUGGUGGUUUUCAACUUCUAGAAUUUUAAGCCUUGUUGAGCUGUUAGAAUGUAAGGUAUAUCAUUCUAAAGAUAGAGUAAAAAGAAAACAAAACCAAAAGUUAUUAAAAUUGUUUUCCGGUUUACUUUAACUUAGUUUUGCAUAGUUCUAGUGCAGCUGAAAUUGAAAAGUUAUUUCCCUUUAGCUGUGUUAUUAUAGAGCAGAAAUUCUGUUUUUAAAAAUUAGCCUAAGAUAUACUUGUUUUUGUAAAGAAAAAUAUUUAAUGUUGAACAAAAUAAAUUGGAGUUGGAGUAGGAUGUAGUUUGAGGAAAUUUGCAGCUUCCAAUGCCUCUUGUCUUCCUAUUUCAGAAGUUUAAAUAUUAAGCAUGACAGAAAAUAUGUAUUAACACUACUCAAAGCAAAAGUGCUGCAGGGCUUUAAAAUUCUCUUCCAACCAUUUAUCUUGAAGGAAAAAUUCAAUAGUAAUAUAAUACACAAAAUCAAAUAAUACCUUAGAAGGUAUUAAGAUUAUAAUUGUUACAUAGGUUAGAUAUAGAGUCAUUGUAAUGUUGUGAAUAAUUACAGUGCCUAAAAUAAGAAUAAAACAACAUAUACAACACCAAAAAAUAUCUAGUAAUAUAUUUAAAGGGAAAUUGAGCUGCUUUUUUGAAACUUUGAGAUCUAAAAAUAACUGUAAUUAUUUGAAUGACUUAAGAGGAAAGUACAUUUUUUGAAAUGCUGAAAAUUGCCUUUCUGUGUUUAUUCAAACUGAAAAGCUGAGACCAAGAGCAAGGAAGGUAAAAAGUUAACAGGCAAACAUUUUCUCUUAGAAAAGAUGAUAAAAUCAUAAGUAUUUGGAAUUAGAACCCUUGCACAGCACUGAACCUGGGAAAGAUUUAAACUCUGAAUUUAUCUUUGAUAACAGGGAUUGAUUUUAAAAUGUACAUGUAUUAAAUUACAUUUGUAAUUUAAGGUCUGUUUGCUGUUGCUGAUUUGAUUCUUGAUCAGUAGUUUGCAUUUCAGAAAGCCUUUCAUUUUGCUUUAAUUUUAGCAAAGCGGGUUAUAAUGAAUGACUUCCCCAGUAUCUUGCUUGAACUUACAGGUGAUUAACUUGGAUGAGUUUUGGGAAGUUAAAGGGAAGAAAACACUGUUAUCAUUUUUUCCUGUUUGGGAAGAGCUUAGAAACUGGAAAUACUAGAUUUGGGAGAAGGGCAGAGUUACUUGAUAAGGGACUGAUGUUUGUGCAGUAACUUGGGAGUGUGGUUUCUUUUUGAAUCUUUAAUUAAAACCUGGGAUUAUAUAUCCCUGAUAAAUAUUCACACUUGAACCAUAGUUACUGUAAAAUGCAAAAAAUCUUAAUACUGUUAUUCUUUGCACUUUUUCUUAAUCAUUUUUUAUAUAUAUGCAUAUAUAUAUGUGUGUGUGUGUGUUGCUUAUGUUGUUUUGUACAGAUGUGGGCCACCAUUGCAACAAAAUACAUUCUUUUUGCUCUAAAAUAUUUAUGAAGAAAAUACUUAAAUGUUAUGUAUAUGGUGGUAAUAAGGGAAAAAUCAAGUAUUAUAAACAAGAAUGAAGGUUUUUGUAAAGAUUUCUGUUCAGUGUUUUGCAAGGUAAAAUUUUAGGCAAGUUUUCCCUGAAGUUAUGUGUAUGUGAGUAUUCUCAUUCUUCCCAACUUGCCUUUGAAGAGUGAAAUACCAUUAUUAUCAAGUAGACUACUGUUCAGCUUUUAUUCCUGCCCUGCUGUUUAUCCCUUAAGAAUGAGUUUCUUAGACUUUUCCAAUAUGUGAUUUUUUUUCCCAUUUAGAAUGGUGAUUUUAAAUGUGUGAGUGCAUGUACUAUCUUAUCUCAGAUAUUUGCACCCCCAAUCUGCCCCCAACUCCCAAAAGCUAGAACACUGCCAACUGAUCUGUUACAGGUCCUUUAGAAACACAUAAUUAACACUUAAGGUUGGGUGCUGCUAAUUCUUUGCAAAAAUCCAAAUAUUGUUAAGGGACCAGGGAGAUGCCACUACCCCUUGAUUUUCCAUCUAAAAAUAUACAUGUUUAUGUAAACAAAUCUUUCCAUAUCCAUAGUGACUUUUCAAGUAUUUAAGCCUAAAGAUUUUGAUCUCACAUUUUUAUACCUGUUUAAAUUGCUCACAAUUAUUACAUACAUAUCAGCCAUCAACUAAAGUUGUACUUUAAAAAUUUACUACAAUAUGUACAUUUCUAAGUCAAACACUUGUGACUUUUGCUUUAAUUCCAUGAAUGUUCCUGCCUCCUUGAUAUUUGUAUUUAUUCUUUUUUUCUCUAGAGUAGAGGUAUAAUUGUGUGAUAUUUCAGAAAUACAGAUAAAUGAUUCAAAAAGUCACAGUUAAGGAGAAUCAUGUUUCUUUGAUCAUGAAUAACUGAUUAGUAAGUCUUGCCUAUAUUUUCCUGAUAGCAUAUGACAAAUGUUUCUAAGGUAACAAGAUGAGAACAGAUAAAGAUUGUGUGGUGUUUUGGAUUUGGAGAGAAAUAUUUUAAUUUUUAAAUGCAGUUACAAAUUAUAAUGUAUUCAUAUUUGUACUUUCUGUUAAAAUGCACGAUUGCAGAAUUGUUUAGAUUUUGUGUUUAUUCUUGAUGAAAAGCUUUGUUUGUUCUUGUUUUUAAGUUUGCACUCAAAUCUUAAGAAAUAAAUUCACCCAUGUUAUCAA